UACAAUACAACCGACCAAAUUCAGAGUUUCGAAUGAGGCUGGACUUUCAGAUGUGGAAACAACGCCUGAAAAGGGGAGGCGGAAUUGCGGACCUCCCCUCUGAUUUCAAGGAGAAGGCGCCCACCGGCACCGCACCGCACCUUACCGGUUCCUCUCUGCGGCAGCAAACUCCUCCCAUCCAUCCCUCGUCCAUCCUGGCUCAGGCGCGAGAGGGUGGAGAUGAGGAGGAAGGCGUUCGCACGGGGCUUCUCCGCCGACGGCGUCCUCCGCCGCAGCCGCCCGCUCCCAGCGCGCCGCCGGCCACCGAAGGGGACAAUAAUAGCACGAGCAAGGACAAGAAGAAGGGCGAGAUCGCCAAGACCAUCCGAGACAGGCUAUCAUCGUCUUUGUCUUCCCCCAGAAGCCGCCUCUCCUGCUGGACGAGCCACCCGAUCCGGCGGAGCAGGAGGGGGAGCGGCACCGCCAGCGACGAACAUGGCACACCGGUGAACGUGCCGAUGCCAGUGACGGCGAAGGCAAUCAGGCCCCCCUCAAGGAAGGCGAUCGCGGCAGGGACCAGAUCCCUGAUCGAACGCAACGAUUUCUACAGCCAAGAAUGCAACACGCACAAGUAGGGAGCCUGCUUUUUUCUCUUCUCGGAUGCUAUCCCUGUUUCUGUUUUGGGUGUGAUACUAAAAUUGUACGACGAGACAUUGCCCCCUUUGGGACGCGUACGAGUUUCCCCGGGUAAUAUACGUACCAACUCGAAGCUUUGUAGCAGUAGUACAAAAUUGUGCAAGUUCAUGAGUUCCAAACCAUGAAACCAUAGCCGGAAUCCAUGUCGUG